CAAAAUCUACGCCCUUAUCAAGCCCCUGCCGUCCCUGCAUUAGGAGCCGCUACCGACGAUACACCCCACGACACCCUCAGGACCGAUAUUAUGUCAGACAGCGGAUCCGCCACGGAGAGCUCUGUCGGCAGCAUCAUCGAGGACGCGAGCGAGCCUGAUACAACCACCUUCAAGUGCCUCUUCUGUAAAGAGCAAUGGAGUCGCGUCCCGGAGAUGUUUGCCCAUUGCCGGGCAGAACACGGCUUCGAUGUCGAGAGCACCAUCAAGAGCCUUGGCCCAGACAUCGAUGAAUUGACUAUUAUCAAACUGAUCAACUACCUCCGAUAUGAAUCGCAGAGGAAGACAGACCCCAAGUCCAUCAAUGUGGAUAGCGAGACAUUAGCGAGCGACAAGUAUCUCCAGCCCACGCUACCCGACGAUGCCCUGCUUUUCGAGCUAGGCGACUUCAUGCCCGAUCCAGAUUCUAAAGUCGUGGAUUACGAAGAUUAUGAAGUUAUAAUGCAUAGGAACGCGCCUCAUGACACGGAAAGGAUGCAUUUGGAUGGAGACCGCGAUAUGAGCUACUUCGAAUCCUACAAAGGCGCCGCCAUCCAUCGCGAGAUGAUCGAAGACCACGUCCGUACAGAAAGUUACCGCAACUUCAUCGAGAAACAUCGUGAUCUCUUCGCCGGGAGGACCGUUCUAGACGUUGGGUGUGGCACCGGAAUUCUUUCGCUGUUCUGCGCAAGAGCAGGCGCGAGAAAGGUCUUUGCGGUCGACAACUCCGACAUCGCACAGCGCGCAAAACAAAUCGUGGCACAGAAUGGGUAUCAAGAAAAAGUCGAGGUCAUACGGGGCAAAGUAGAGGACUUCCACACACAGAGAUUAAUUGGGCAAGAGAAGGUAGAUGUAAUCAUCUCCGAGUGGAUGGGAUACGGGCUUCUCUUCGAAGGCAUGCUCGACUCUGUUCUUCGUGCACGGGACCUGUACCUCAAAGAGGAUGGAUUCAUGGUCCCAUCGCACUGCACGCUACGGAUGGUUCCCAUUUCGGAUAAGGACUGGGUAGCACAGAGCAAAGGCGAGAAGUUCUGGAAAGACAUCUACGGCUUCGACUUCUCGCCAAUGGUGUCAGGGGGCCCGCUCAACGACCGCGACAUCGGCGUCUUCGACGUACCAGAGGGCGCGCUCUGCGGCACGGCAUGCACUUUCUAUCAACUCGACCUCAAGCACAUACAAGUGCAAGAGCUCGAUUUCACGGCACCAUUCUCAACAAAGCUACACCCGGGCGUCGACUCAUUGGAUGGCUUCGCGCUAUGGUUCGAUACCUUUUUCUUACCCCCAGGCCAAACUCAGGAUGCCACGACGAUAAACACGGCAAACUGGGGUAAAGACGGCAAGCCGGGUCUGGGGUUUUCGACGGGCCCGACAGCAACACCAACGCAUUGGCAUCAAGCGGUCCUCCUGCUCAGUGAAGAGGACCGCAAGAAGGAGGUGAAGGGAGGUAGUACAUUGAAAGGCUCGGUAACAUACAAGAAGAAGCGGAGAGACGAUAGGGCGAUUGAUGUGGAGAUCACGUGGGAGUGCGAAGGCGUGCAAGGUCCUGUAUCGGGAAAGACGAAGCGGACGAUGACAUGAUAACGAUACGACGGCGUUAGUUAUCGGAUAAAAGUUGUGGUUUUCUUUUUGCGGCAACCUUAUAGAGUGCAUAGGAUACGGCUUCAACACCACCAUAACCAGGUACUGGGCGUCCCUCCAGUCAGUCUUCAGAGCGCAGGCGAUCGUGGGAGGAAGUGGGCAUCGUGAAAUCGAGAUCAUGUGACAUGCCGGAAGAAAAUGCAUCGGGCCGAGCUGACCGGGCAUGCCGAGACUCGGAGAUGCUGCAGGGGCUUGCAGAUCCUGGGGCGUUCGCAUAGUUACUUUUUCGACCCCUUAUCUUGCAUAUUGAUCUCGG